AUGGAACCACUAUCUUACAUUUCUUGGUGGGAUACACGUUCACGACUUGCCUGGCGCUCGUUGAUCAAUAGCCUCUUACAAGCAGGACUAUCUCCGGACCGUAAAAAUUACCACGGUGUGACUCCUGCUGACAACAUCAUCGAAAAUUUCGGUCAUGUUGGCAGCGACCUGGAACGUCAGCAAAUGACGAUUGAUAUCUCUUCAGACUUGCUAAAAGCUGGGGGUUAUAUGACCCGAGAGGCGCUUGAUUGGCGGCAUCGAGAGAAUGUCUUUAACCCCUCUUACUAUUGUUCCGGAUGGUGUGGACGUAGAAAUGAUGAGCUUUUUGAGGAUUUUAGCUUCCGCCUGAUUUGGAGACUCGCGGAUGAGAAGGGACUUCAAGACAUUGAUCUACCAGAGGAGCUGCAGCCUCUCGUAUACAAAUCAAAGAAGCUCCUGGCCUCACAGCUGAGAAAGGGGGUUGAUUUCAAUCGAUGGAUCAAAUCGUACACUCGGUGGGCGCCUGGCUUGGCCUUGAUUCUUCAAUCUAGCCAUAUAUCAACUGAAGGUGUCCUUACGGCAGCGUGCGAAGCGAACUGUGAAGAAAGUGUCAGGAUAUUGAUCGAUGAUUACAAGUGCUUUAUUGGAAAUGAGGAGUUUGAAAUUGCCAGUUUUCACCCCAACCCGACCAUUGUUGAUUUAAUUGUCAACGGAUUUAUUGAUCGCAGAAAGCGGUUACAGACUCUUGCAGAGGCACAUUUACCGAGCAGGGUUGCAGAUAAAUUAAAUACCCAAUCGCAUAUCCUACUGAAUUUUCACGCCUAUGAAGUGUAUACGCUACUUCAACGGACAUCUGCAAACUUGGAAGGUCUCCUAGAACGUCAUCCGUGGUCAGUCUUCGACUGUAUCGGUGUCAAUAUUGACCUGGCAGACCGGCUUUGGAACGGUGGCUUCCGAGACGUGGAUGAGGUCGACAAUGACAACGAGACAUGCCUGACAAGGAUUUGGAGUACGACGCCGCCCUGUAGCUUGGAAGUCUUGCUACAAAAGGCUCACUGGUUGAUCAGCAAAGGCGCGGAUGUUCACCACCGAAAAUCAUCCGAAUCGGCAUUGUAUGUUUUGGGAAACAGCGUCGGACAAGUCUUAUAUGAAAUGAGUGAAAAGGAGAAGUAUGCCUUGAAGUGUGGUUUGGAGAUCAAGAUCCGACCUUUGAGCGAAGCUUCAAAGACCUUGUUGACAACAAUUCUAUCCGAUAAUACUCGAGACGAUUGCGAUUGUGCCUGUUCCCCGAGCGGAUGCUCUCCACUGACGGGCUUCUUGAGCGGACUUUUUUCCAUGGGAAUUCACAAGAAGACCACAGAUCUUAUUCAAGUGCUUGUUGGAGUAUUGAGAGCUCCACCAUUUGACUCCAACUACGCGCAUGAUGAACGUUUUAAGAGCCAUUUGAGCACUGAAAUACUUCGCUUCAUCACCUUCCAAAGCUUGGAAAUCAGUCAUACUUGCUUGCAUAAGUAUAGGAAAUUUGAACCGGAGGAAAUAAAGGAGAUUCAAGAUGAAGAGAAGUUGCUGAUAUUGGAUCUCAAGCGCCUAUUGACUCAAUCUCUCGAAAAAUUGAAAGGAUAUGGCGGGCAACUUCCGAGUUUCAUAACAACAAUGUGGCGGACCCAGAUGACAUCCUUUCUAUCAACACCCAGGACUUACAGUGCAGAUGAGAUUAGUGAAAUCGUUGACGGAGGUGUCAUUAUUGAGAAUAAUGAGAUAUAG